CAUAGAGGAGCACAUUGAGAGGGAGCAUCGAGCUCUACGCUGGUUGGUCGACAAGUGUGAGAACAAAUACCACGUUGUGAACAACAUGAAGAAAUCUGACAUGAGUCAGGUUACCGAGCUGUUUGAGAAAUUAGAGGAAAUGGUGGCCGUGAACAACGGUCGGCUCUACUGCCCUGACAUGAAUGACGUCCAUCACAGAAUUGAGGGGAAGUUCAGAAGGAGGCAGCUCAAAAAUGUGCAGAGGGAGGAGGAAUACAGGAGGAGAGAGCUGGAGCUGAUGAUCAACUUCAAGAAAACACUCCUUGAGCUGCAAGCUGACAACAAGGAAAGUGUGACAAGCACUAAAUCCAAAUCACUGAAUCAGCUAGCUGGAGACAUGGCCAAAUUCAAAGUCAAGACUUUUGGUCAGAGGAAGAAGGAGGAAAACACAGACGCAAAAAUCAAUCAUGAAAUUGAAAAGCUGGAUAAGGAAAUAAUGAGAUCCACAGAGCUUCUUCAGAGGAGCAUGGAUAUCUUCAAGCCAGACUUGAAGGGCGAGAGUCAACGAUCAUCCAUCGCUGAGUCUUCUCAAGAGGGGAAAAUGCCAACCGGCCAGUUUGAUAAUGUUCUGCAAUGGCUGUCCACGCUUCAGAUCAGCAAAAACGCUGAGGACGAGUUGACGCUCAACUUCUCCCAGACGUCAGGAUACAGAUCUGUGCUUCCACAAGACGAGUUUUACGCUGAAGCUGAUAUUCCAGAAUGAAUCGCCCAAUGUAACCAAUGUUGUUAUUGAAGUUUAAUCACUGCAUCACGAUGGUUGAUUCAAUUCUUUGGCAAUUUGGUGGGUUAUAGCUAGAAAUGCAUUAACAAAAUCUCAAUAUAGACUCCUUUUAAGUUUAAAAAGAGAUCUCAUCAAGCUCUAAAUUAUUAGCUCUCAACAUUUGUGUCUCUUUUUUUUUUUAAAUCCCAGACAGAGAAAUCAUUGAGGUCUUUAUAUAAAAUUUCAUCUGGCCUCCAAAUACAUGUCAAGAAAAUAGCUGCAGAAAACUCAGUUGCCUGCUCUGCCACUACUUUGGUCAUUAUUUACACCACGAACCAAAAGGUGGCACUGCAGUGCAGUAAAAUCUAUUCAAAGUUGCACUCAACAGAGGGCAGAACACACAGAUCUCUCGAGUCUGCUAUAAAUAAAUUGUGCACACCAAAAUGUGUGCCCUUUCAGUUAUAUUAUUACACCUGUGUUUUAAAUUAAUAAUGUGUGAUGUGCUUCCCUGCGUGUCAGUAAUUACCCCCCCCAACAUAUUGUUGCAGCUGAAAAAGUUUUGGGGUUUUUUCAUAACAUGUCUGCUUUAAAAGGUACACUAUCUAAGAUAUUUACUGUAUUAAAUCAUUAAAUGCAUAUGCUGUGUCAUUAGAGA